UUAACUACAAUGAGCGAUAAUAAUUUCGUGAUUAGUAUCGUAUCAUGAACGAGUAUGUACUGUGUAAUUUGUAAAGUAGAUGUCACUAGUUUCACCUGACCACUUUUAAGCGCGAGGACUCGUGGUUAUGACACUCAGGAUUUGUUUUCUUAUUUAUAAUUAAAAUAUGUCAUUAAUAAAUUAUAUAUCAUUUAUAAUUUUUUUGUGUAUCGCUUAUUGUGAGGAACAAUAUUGUCCUAUCGAUAAUGUUGAAGGUUGCACUACUAAAAAAGAAACUAAUAAUUAUAAAAAAGGUUCAGAUGCACAAUACGAUAAAUACCAUCACAUAAUUGAAGAAACAAAUGAAAAUUAUCAACCUUGCAAUAAUACUAGCAAUGCAUGUUUUAAACAUGUUAUUAUACAUGAUUUGAAACCUUUCAAAGAAAAAGGUAUAAACAAAGAUUUAAUAGAUGCUGCAAAAGCUAGAGGAACAUUUUAUCAAAUAGUAGAGGGAAAGGUAUAUAGGCAGAAAGAUUGUAUGUUUCCAUCAAGAUGUGGUGGAGUAGAGCACUUUCUUUUAAAAUUAGCUCCUAAAUUACCAGAUAUGGAUUUAGUCAUAAAUGUGAGAGAUUAUCCUCAAUCAAACAAAUAUUUUGGUGGCCCACUACCUGUGUUUUCAUUCAGUAAGACACCACAAUAUUAUGACAUUACAUAUCCAGCAUGGUCAUUUUGGGAAGGUGGUCCUGCAAUUUCUUUAUAUCCCCGUGGCCUUGGAAGAUGGGAUGAACAUCGUGUAUCUUUAGACAAAGCUAGUAAAAGUAUACCAUGGGAAAAGAAAGAGAAUAAAGCAUUUUUCAGAGGUUCUAGAACGAGUUCAGAGCGUGAUAAUUUGGUGCUAUUAAGCCGCAAAAAACCUGAUUUAAUAGAUGCUCAGUAUACAAAAAAUCAAGCAUGGAAGUCUGAUGAAGACACAUUGCAUGUACCUCCAGCUUCAGAAGUUUCUUUGGAAGCUCACUGUAAAUAUAAAUACUUAUUCAAUUACCGAGGUGUUGCAGCAUCAUUCAGGCACAAACAUUUAUUUUUGUGUAGAUCUCUAGUAUUUCAUGUUGGGGACGAAUGGACUGAAUUUUAUUAUGAAGCAAUGAUACCUUGGAUUCAUUACAUACCUGUUCCUAAAGAUGCUGAUCAAACAGAAUUAGAAAAGUUGAUACAAUUUGCAGUCGAUAAUGACGAAUUGUCAAAAAAGAUUGCCGACUAUGGACGGGAUUUUAUAUGGAAUAAUUUGAAGAUGACUGAUAUCAUACAGUUCUGGAAAAAGCUUCUUGAAAGGUAUUCUAAACUUUUAACGUAUAAAGUUACCUUAGAUAAAACUUUAAUUAAAAUUGAAAAAAAGAAACGAUCUUAAUAAUUAGUACAUUUAUUUAAUAUAAAUAAUUUUAUGCACUUUUUUUUUAUUAAAAUUCAUAUUUUAUAAUGUAAAGUAUUAAGCAAUAAAAAUAAUUUGGUAGUGAUCAGAUGUUUACUUAACUUUUACAAUAAAUGUUAAUUAAAAUAAACUGAUGUUUUAUUGAUACUGUACAAUGUCAGAGUAUAGCAAAAUGUGGCAAGUUUCAAUGUGAAUCAUUUUAGUGCCCUGAUAGAAAAUGUAACACAGAUAAAGAAAAAGAUAAAGCCUUGUACAUCACAUGUUAUAUUUAUAUACUUAAAAAUUUUUAUCUAAGUGUUAUAAAUACAAAAUUUUUACAUGUGUUACACCUUUUUUUCCAAAAAACGAUUUAUUUAACAAGUAUUAAAAAAUUGUACAAGGCUUUUUAUGCUUCAUACUUAAAUGCUAGGUAAUUCUUAAGUACUUAACUGAUUAUUUAUAAUAAAGUUAUGGAAACAGUUUUUCGAAUGUAAUGAAACAUAUGGUAAUGCGAUUAGGAUUUCAUGAACGGAUAUGUACUGUUUUCAAAAUGACAGCAGCUGCUCUUUUUCAUGUACUAAGACGUAAUACGUAACUAUUAUCAACAUUGUUUAUGAUAGUAUUAUUUUGUAUGACACAAGAUGAAAAGAAUGAAGAAAAAUUUGGUUUAAAGGUAAAAAACAUUUCAUAUUAAACAUUUAUAAGUAGAAUAAGUCUAGUUAUUGUUAAUAAACACUAAUAACAAAUUUAUGCAGGAAAGCUACACUUCAUAAUGUUUACAGAACAUUUUAAGGCAUUUACCAGGAAGAUAAAUAUCGUUUACUGGAAUCAUUACAAUGAGUACUAUAGAUGCUUCUAUACAUUCAAGUUUUAACGUUAAUAACAUAAAAUUCUAAAGUGCAUUCUCAUGCACUUUCAUAACACUUCGCAUUUCCUUACAUUCUGACAAAUAUUUAUAUCUUAUAUGAGAAAAAAAACACAAAAAUUCUAUAAUACUCAUAAUACUGGUCAGUCAAGAAACCAAUUGACCAUUCAUUUUAUUUCCUAUUUGUCAUGUAACAACAUAUUUCAGUUCUUAGAAAAUUUACAUUCUGCAAUGAAUACGCAAGAUAAGUGCCUUCAACAAUUACUAUGUAUACAGAAAACCAUGAUGUACGAAUAAAGAAUAAAUAGGCAGUGUAAAAGGGUUUGAUGACACAACGUUGCAUGCGACUUAAAAUAUUAUGUAUAAACAUAUUUUACAUGUUCUCGUGUAUGUUACAUAUGUACAGAAUGUCCUGUAAGAUGCGUCGAAUCUAAUAACGAAACGGAAACAUCGUCGACUGAAACACAUCUUAUAAAACAUACUGCAAAACGCAUACAGACUACGAAUGAAGCAACAGUUUUCAACUGUUCGCGCAACAUUGCUUCGAAUGGAAUGAUUGUUUUAUGAGAAAUAAGAUAAUAAAUGAACAAUCUUUAAUCAGCUUGUUCAUUAAUAUCGAAGAAAAAAAAUACAGCUCAUUAUCUGUGAGCAUGAAUUAGCCAUUUUGGCACUGUUUUCCCUUCGCUGUGUUCAACAUACUUAACACAUUUCCCGUUUGAGAAGUCAGUUCAAAUAUGUUACUGGUGUACAUCCUUUCAUCGAUGAUUCCAUCGCUUAAUGAUCGAUCUCCACAAACGUUUUCUACGUGGCGGCAAUGAUUUUAGCGAUGAUCAUAGUCAAUAAACUGAACGGAAGAUACCACCAUAUCGACCGUUUGAAAACGCUUCCCGCCGCGGAGCCUGCAUCCUGAUUGGACGACGUGACUAGCUGCUCGUCCGUUUCGCCUGUCGAAUUUUAUUAAAAUCGUAGAAGAGGGGACACACGUAAUGUUAAAAGAAUUGUCGCUGAUUGGAUGGUUCACUGCACCAACAUAGGUUCGCGCGUAAAACAACAGAAGUUGAAUCGUAGGUUACGAUCGCAGAUCGUUGUCGUUGUUUGGAACUUAGUUAUGUCUCUCGUACGACAUAUCCGUGAACUGUGCUUCCUGAACCCUUUUAUUUAAUCCCCUUGAUUAUUUCUUGUCCCAUUUUAUUGCCUUCUAACCCGAGUUUACGACUCAACGAUUCCUCGAACGAACAAGUUUUCAUUCUCGUCCCUUCACUUUUUCCCGAACCCGCGCGAUUCGGAGUGCAGAUUGUUGUCCUCUGGAAAAGCGAGUUUUUUCCGGGUUAAUGGAACUGCGACUCUUCGUGGACGCGUAUUAUACGCAAUUCCUGUGAAUGUUCGUUUCGAAAUUCGUCAACGUCUUAAUCACGUCACGAUUUUGUCAAAAUUUGACAGUAGCGUUUCUGUCGGUAAGUACAACUGACAAGGUUAUUCGUUUAAAAUUUAAGAUUUCUGUGUUUCUCGGAAACUUCGUUUCCAUUAGGGGCUUUUAAGAUCAUUAUCAGUUUGAAUUAAUAUUGAUUAAACGAUCUAUCUUUCGGGAAUAAACAAUAUUGAUAACGUAGGUGUUCAACACAAAAACCGAGAAUGUUCAUUAAAAAAAAAAAAAAAAA